CACUCAGAUGACAUCCCCCCUUGCGUCAGUCUCACUUACGCUGCAGACCCUUAUGAACACUCCUCGCCCUGUUCAGAGAUCAGCGAAGCAUCGAAAACGGGUUUUUACCGACGGAAGGGAAUAAUUUCGUGUCCGUACAAAAAAAAAAGGGGAUAUCCUCUAUCGUCGAUGUGAACCGAUGGUGCUCGGAAUCCGAGGAAUUUCCUCUUCCAGUCCCUAGCCAUGACCAGGGUCGAGUUGAGCAAGGUGUCAGAUGGCAAGUCGAAUGUAAAAGCAGUCCUGACGAGUCUCUGCGCUGGAGCGGUUGCCGGUGCCAUCGCCAAGUCGGCCAUCGCUCCUCUUGACCGCACCAAGAUCAACUUCCAGGUGGGAAAAUGUAAAUACAGUACAAGGGCUGCUUUUCGCUUUUUGUUAAAAUCGUACAAUAAUGACGGACUUCUCUCUCUUUGGCGUGGCAACAGUGCAACGAUGGCCAGGAUAAUCCCUUACGCCGCCAUCCAGUUCUCUUCGCAUGAACAAUGGAAAAGGCUGCUUGAUGUCGAGUCCUCGAAGACAAAACGAUUUUUAGCGGGCUCCCUGGCUGGAAUUACAUCACAGACAUUGACUUACCCUCUGGAUUUGGCUCGAGCUAGGAUGGCUGUUGCUUCAAAAGGAACAUACACAUCAUUGUCUAAGGUUUUUGUAUCUAUCUGGAAUACAGAAGGUGUGUACGGGUUAUAUCGUGGAUACAUCCCAACAAUACUCGGCGUCAUACCAUAUGCGGGUGUCAGCUUUUACACAUAUGGCAUGCUUAAAAAAUGGGUCACAAGAGAGUACGGCCAGACGAAUGCUGUGACGAACCUCAUUUGUGGUGCUGCGGCUGGGAUGCUCGGUCAGACCAGUUCGUACCCACUUGACAUUGUCAGGCGACGGAUGCAAGUCUCUACCCUUACCGGUGAAGAGUACAGGCGUAUCAUUCAAACUCUAGUCAAAGUGUACAGUGACGAAGGACUUAUGGGUAUAUUCAAAGGGUUGAGCAUGAACUGGGUGAAGGGGCCAAUCGCCGUCGGAAUCAGCUUUGCAACUUACGAACACAUCAAUGACUCUCUUCACAGGAUCGAAAAUGCUACAAAUGAAAUUGUCUUUUUGAAGCACACAAAAGGAGAUAGUGGAAAAGAUUGAAAGCUUAAGGGGAAAGCAGGACAGUCAUCUUCUGAACAAAAAUUGCAUAAAGUACAGACGAUGAACAUAUAAGACAAAAGAAACACUUUUUAAAAUAAAAUAGACACAUUUGUCCUUAAAA